CGAAAUCCCUUUUGUCCUCUCGUGCGCGCCGUCGCCGGUAACGGCUGCCUGAGUGAAACAGCAGUUUGUCUUUCACUUGACUGCUGUCCUCGGCAGGCAAUUGUCGCUGAUCCCUGCCUCACUUUAGCAGGUUCCAAAAAUGUCGAACGUGGUGUUGGAGUUCAAGGCUUCUGCCGGCGACUCGGAGCCUCAGAAUCGUCCGGUCCUGAUCGUCGGGCAGCAGGCCAACCUGCAGCAGGUCAGCUGGAGCCAAAUCAAAGGGAAAUUGCAGCCUGUCGUUAGCAAAGAGAUUUGGCAGGCAGCACUCAAUGCUUUGAACCCAAACCCCACAGACAGUUGCCCUCUGUACCUCAAUCAUGCUGCAGUGGCUGCCCUUCCUUCACGGGUCAGCAGGCACAACAGCCCGUCCUCUGCCCAGUUUCUGUCCCGUCUGGUCCGAUCAUGCCUGCCUGGAGGAAACAACCGCUGCAUCGUGAUGGUGUGUGAGCGCCCAGACGUAUUUGCAUCCUCAUGUGCCAUCGCCAGGGCCUUUUCCAUUUUUUCUCGCCGUUCAACAUCUUCACGUAGGUCUGAGAAAAAACAUGUGACCAUUGAGUUUGUUAUAAUUGGACAAGAAAGCAGUCCUCUGGAUGAAGCAGAACUGAAGUGUCUCUCAAACGCUGCUGAAGGACUCCGGUUGGCGGCCCGUAUUGUGGACACGCCUUGUAACGAGAUGAAUACGGACCAUUUCUUGGAUGAGAUCAGAGCUGUGGGGACAGAACUUGGAAUCACUCCUGUAAUUAUUCAGGGAGAGGAUCUGAAACAGAAAGGCUUUGGAGGUAUUUAUGGAGUUGGGAAAGCUGCAGAGCAUCCUCCAGCCUUAGCUGUCCUGAGCCACACCCCUGAAGGUGCAACACAAACAAUUGCAUGGGUUGGCAAAGGCAUUGUGUACGACACCGGUGGACUCAGCAUCAAGGGAAAGACCACAAUGCCAGGAAUGAAGAGAGACUGUGGUGGAGCAGCUGCUAUUCUGGGAGCCUUUAAAGCUACCAUUAAACAGGGCUUUAAGGAUAAUCUCCAUGCAGUGUUUUGUCUUGCCGAGAAUUCUGUUGGACCCACAGCCACCCGACCUGACGACAUCCACACACUCUACUCUGGAAAGACAGUGGAGAUCAACAACACUGAUGCGGAGGGCAGGUUGGUGCUGGCUGAUGGCGUGGUGUAUGCCAGCAAAGACCUGGCUGCUGACAUCAUUUUGGAUAUGGCAACUUUGACAGGGGCACAGGGAAUCUCCACAGGAAAGUACCACGCAGCUGUGAUGACGAACAGUGAGCAGUGGGAGUUGGCCUGUGUGCGUGCAGGCCGCAGCAGUGGAGAUCUCACUCAUCCUCUGGUUUACUGCCCUGAGCUGCACUUCAGUGAGUUCACGUCUGCCAUGGCCGACAUGAAGAACUCUGUGGCAGAUCGAGAGAACGCCCAGAGCUCCUGUGCCGGCCUCUUUAUUGGUUCCCACCUGGGCUUCGACUGGCCUGGUGUCUGGGUCCAUGUUGAUAUCGCUUCUCCUGUCCAUGCUGGAGAGCGUGCCACAGGAUUCGGUGUCGCCCUGCUGAUGGCUCUGUUCGGUCAGGCAUCAGACGACUGCAUGCUGAACAAGGUCUCUCCUCUGGAGGCAGCCACCAACAUGUCUGGAGACCAGAUGGAGCGAGACUGCAAAAGACGAAGACUGGUGUAGAAAGGCCGUUCACUCCCUGAUCUAACUGUUCUUCUGACACAAAACACACACAGGCACGAAGAACUGAUGCAACUUCCCUCAAAUAAAUUUGUAGUAAUGAAAUAAAUAAUCAUCAGUAAAUCAUUUGUCUUCAUAAAUCGGUGGCCCCCGCACUGACACAAAUUGAUAUUUUCCUGUUGAUUUUCUUUUUCUACUAGCUAAAACGUGCACUUUGCUUUCAUGUGCUCCCCUGUAGACCAUACAAGUUGACUCUUAAAGAAACUUGAGGGUGAUGUCACAAUGUAUCAGUAAAACCCUUUUACCUUUUUUGUAUUCACUGCAUUUGUAAAUAACCUGUGACUAUUGAGGCUGAGUGAUCUCUGGUAACCACAGAUUUCAAGUUUCACAGGUGCUACAUGUGAUUUGUCAACAGAGUCGUGCAUGUUCAAAAGGUUAACUGUGUAGGUGACUGCUGUUUGUGACAGUCCUGGUGUUAUUCAUUAAAAGACAGUGUUGUUUGAUUGAUGUGUGAAGAAAUGUGUAAAACCGUUUGUCCUCUCAGCAAGUUUUUAUAAUCACCCACAAAUAAAAUAAAAUUUAAAGAUUUA